GGAAGUGACGUCACGCGCCGUGCGUCGGCAAGAUGGCGGCGCAGGCGGAGGUGGCGGCGAUGGAGGCGCCGCUGGAGGCGGAGCUGGAGGCGGAGCUGGACCUGGAGGGGGCGGAGCUGGAGGAGGUGGAUGUGCACAUCCAGGAGAACCUGGAGGACGCCCUGGUGCAGGAGGCGCUGCAGACCGGCGUGGACCUGCGGCUGUACUCGCGCCAGGUGGAGCUGGAGCUGCAGGAGGUGGAGAGGGCCUCCAUCCAGGACUACAUCCGGGAGAGCGAGAACAUCGCCGAGCUGCACAACCAGAUCAGCGCCUGCGACGCCAUCCUCGAGCGCAUGGAGGAGAUGCUGGGCUCGUUCCAGAGCUCGCUGAGCUCGCUGAGCUGGGAGAUCCGGGCGCUGCAGGGCCAGGCCGGGGCCAUGAACCUGCGGCUGCGGAACCGCCGCGAGGUCCGGGAGCGCCUCGGGGGGCUGCUGGACGAGCUCGUCGUGCCCCCCGACAUGAUCAGCGUGAUCCUGGAGGCGCCGGUGACGUCGCCCGAGUUCGUGGCGCAGCUGCGGGCGCUGGACGCGCAGCUGGCGGCGGUGAAGGAGCAGGCCUUCCGCGACACGCUGGCCUGCGCCGACGUCCAGCACGUCCUCGACCGCCUCCGCAUCAAGGCGGUGACGAAGAUCCGGGAGUUUGUGCUGCAGAAGAUUUUCUCCUUCCGGAAGCCGAUGACCAAUUACCAGAUCCCGCAGAACUCCCUGCUCAAGUUCAAGUUUUUCUACCAGUUCCUGCUGGGGCACGAGCGGGGGGCGGCGCAGGAGCUGCGCGAUCACUACGUGGACACCGUGAGCCGCGUGCACUUCUCCUACUUCAAAUCCUACAGCGCCCGCCUCAUGAAGAUCCAGUACGAGGAGGUGGCGGAGAAGGACGACCUCAUGGGCGUCGAGGACACGGCCAGGAAGGGUUUCUUCUCGAAGCCGUCGCUGCGCAGCCGCAACACCGUGUUCACGCUGGGCAACCGCGGCGCCGUCAUCGGCCCCGCCGAGCUCGAGGCGCCCAUCAUCGUCCCCCACGCCGCCGCCAAGGGCGACCAGAGGGUGACUGGGCAAACUGGGACGGACUGGGACAAACUGGGAGGGACUUGGGAGGGACUGGGA